AUGCUGUACCCAGAACAGCAGCAGCAGCAGCAGCAGCAGCAGCAGCAACAGCAGCAGCAGCAGCAGCUCUUGCUGCAGCAGCAGCAGCAACUGCAGCAGCAGCAGCAGCAAAUCGUUAGCUCGUUGCAGCAGCAGCAGCAGCAGGAUCAGCAGCAGCAGCAGCAACAGGAGCAGCAGCAGCAGGAAGAGGAGCAGCAGCAGCAGCAGCAGGAGAGAGAAGAAGAAGAAGAUGCUGUCUCUGUUUCUUUAUUUUUAUCUGCUUUUAAAUGA